ACGCAUUUCCGCUUCCUGUAUGUCUCUCCGAUUCUUUUGAGGGUCUGUUGAUUAUGUUGGCAAUUACACGUGCUGGCAUUUUUCUUUAUUUUUAACAAUAUCCUGAAAUUGAGUUUACUCCAGAAAGGGAUAAUUGGAAAGUCUGGUGCAACUUCUUGGUCACCUAAUCUUCGAUGUGUUCGUUAUUGCUAAUUUUGACUGCAGAAACUCAAGACUGCAUCCACUUGUGUUAGAUAGCUUGCUAGCGAGCUAGCAAUUAUACCGGCUAGCUUCAUAGCUUUUUUAUCGGGCCACAGUGAGAUGUUUGUAAUUGCUCCUCAAUACAACUAGCUAGCUGGCAUACGCUUCCAAACGCCUUGAUUAUACAGAAGAGUUUUACAUCUCGUUUGCCUUAACCGAAUCGGAUUGCCAGAUUGAUUCCCAGACAUCCAUAAAGUUAACGUACUGUUUUAUCAUGGGGGCUUACUUGUCGCAGCCUAAUACGGUUAAAACAAGUGACAAUGGAGGAAACCACGGCAUAAGCUACGGAUAUUCAGCCAUGCAGGGAUGGCGCAUCUCUAUGGAGGAUUCCCACAAUUGCAUUCCAGAACUGGAUGAAGAAACGGCAAUGUUCGCGGUCUAUGAUGGACAUGGAGGUGAGGAAGUUGCCAUGUACUGCUCAAAGUACUUACCAGACGUCAUUAAGGAACAAAACGCAUACAAAGAUGGCAAACUGCAAAAGGCUUUAGAGGAUGCCUUUCUAGCCAUAGAUGGAAGGAUCACAACAGAGGAAGUGAUCAAGGAGCUCAUUCAGAUAGCCGGCCGUCCACAGGAAGAAGCAGCAAAUGAAAAGGUGGCUGAAGAGGAUGAUGUGGACAAAGAAGAGGCGGCUCUCUUGCACGAGGAGGCCACCAUGACCAUUGAGGAGCUCCUCAUCCGCUACGGCCAGGACCUUAAUGCCGCCAAGCAUGCCAGGAAGUCAGCUUGCGAGGCCACCAAAGAGUCUGAGGGCACAGAGAAGGGCAUCAAUGGAGAAGUAGAGGGUGAGGUGGACAGCAACGGGAAAGCAAAAGCAGCAGCAGCAGUAGUAGCAGCAGCAGCAGCAGCAGCAGCAGCAGGGGGGUCUAAAAUCAGAGCCUGCAGGAGAGCAGCUAUGGCAGCAGGGGACUCGGGGUGCUCUGGUUCUGGUUCUAGUUCCGGAUCAGGGUCUCGGCCAAGUGGGGAGAAACCUGACAAAGCGGAGGGCAAAGCGGGUUUGACGGGAGAUGCUGGUCCUUCCUGCUCUGCAGCGGCUGCUCAGCCACCGGGAAGCACCAAGUCCAAGUUCUUUGAGGACAGUGAGGAGUCAGAAGAUGGGGAGGAAGAGGAGGAGGGCAGCGAUGAAGAGGAUUGCAGUGAGGAAGAUGAAGGAGAAUACAGCAGUGAAAACGAUGAUGACACAGAGGAACUGGAGGAAGAAGACUCUGAAGAUGAAGAUGAGGAGGACAUGUGCUUACCUGGCAUGGAUGGGAAGGAGGAGCCUGGUUCAGACAGUGGUACCACAUCGGUUGUAGCACUUAUCCGUGGGAAGCAGUUAAUUGUUGCCAAUGCGGGGGACUCCCGCUGUGUCGUGUCAGAGAAGGGGAAGGCCAUUGACAUGUCCUAUGACCACAAACCCGAGGAUGAAGUGGAGCUCGCUAGGAUAAAGAAUGCCGGAGGGAAAGUAACCAUGGAUGGUCGGGUCAAUGGCGGACUCAACCUCUCCAGGGCCAUUGGAGAUCAUUUCUACAAGAGGAACAAGAAUCUGCCUCCAGAGGAACAAAUGAUCUCAUGCAUGCCAGAUGUGAAGGUGCUAACUCUCAAUGAGGAGCAUGACUACAUGGUGCUUGCAUGUGAUGGAAUAUGGAAUGUCAUGAGCAGUCAGGAGGUGAUCGACUUCGUUAGUGAGAGGAUUAAACCUAAAGAUGGUGUUCAUCGGGCGUUGUCCUCCAUCGUUGAAGAGCUUCUUGACCAUUGCCUGGCCCCGGACACAUCUGGUGAUGGCACAGGCUGUGACAACAUGACCUGCGUCAUCAUCACCUUCUCCCCCUAUGCUGGGAACAACCAGGCAGAAGCCACCAAGAAGAGAAAGCCAGAGGAAAUGGAGGUUGAAAAGAACGGCAACGAUAACAAGAAGUCCAAAACUGAAUGAAACUCAGACUGAAUAUCGGAACUCUAGGACACCCUGGGAUGAAACGUUUAAAACAAAAAGACAGUGUCUGAUGAGAAGGGAGGUCAUUUUAGUUAACCCCAGACUAAGAACAUGAAAAGGUAAACCAGCCAAUUUUUCUUUUUUUUGUAAAUUGAAAUUUCUUUGCUUAUAUACCCAUUUUUUGACUUGUUCACAAGAACAUUUGGACACGCUGAGCAACCACCUAGCCAAGAUGUGACAAACAUGAUUCAGGUAGUAUGUGAAUCCUAGGAAUCUUAAAUGUACUCGUCCAGUAUCUUAUGUCCUUGUUUUAUGUAUAUAGUAUUUUUUCCAGUACCUGUCAUAUAAAGUUUUUUUUUUUUGCCUUUUAUCGUGGAACAAUGUGAGUCGGUGACUUUGAUCACCAUUGUAUUAUGUUCAAAUGCGUUUUUUUUAAUAAUGUCACAAAUGAGAUUUUGUCGACUUAUUUUACCAAGUUGGAUUUCAUAAAAUGAAGCCUAUAUUAUUUUCUUUUGCAUAAAACACUGCAGGUAUUUUGACUUCACCCCACCCCCCUUUUCAGUAACAAAAAGGGAUUCAAGAGUUCCAGUUGUAAGGUGUUUUAUCCCAACAUUCCUGUACUUUUGGUUGUUGAUCCAUGAACCUUGACUCCUGGGUUGUUCAAAUGUGUGUCAUGCACUAAAUCUAAUGAACGACACCCUACAGUAGCUAUAACACAGACCCUAGAGGCAGAGGUGCUGAAAUGCCUGUAAAAUCCAGGGACAUCAACUGAUUAUGAAGCUGAUUCUAUUGAGGGGUUAAGGCCAUGGGGGUUAAAAACCAUGUUACAGGGAUAGCCGCUCUAGCCAUCGCUUGGGUUAUAACCUUGUUCUCCUGGGGGGUAUUCCAGGUAUGUUGUUUAUGGACCACUAGGUUAGUUAACGCCGAGCAAGUGGUAAACCACCUAGAAGAAGAAAGGCUUUGUUUUGCUAGGAUAAUUAACCUAUAGGGCUCUUUUAGAAGGUUUAAUGCUCUGAGUGAACUUACCCAGGUUUGUCACUGAACCACAUACUUGGAAUACCCCCAUUCUCUCCACAUUCACACUUAAGUAAGGUUUAUAUACAAGGUAUUUUGGAAUAUAUAUUUUGGUACUCUUUCAGCAUCGUUGUGAGUUGCAUAGGAGAAAAUUUAAACACCUGCUCAAGCCAAGACCGUAUUGUUUCCCUGAAUCAAUAAAACGAUGUUGACCAAA